AUGAUUCGUUUGGAACAAGCCGGCUUGUUCGAGUCAUUCGUAGUUGACGAACUAGGAAAACCGGAACAUGUUCUCACAUUACUCGGCUCAUCAGACUUUCGUUCUUUCAAGAUCUGUCCACAACCAGCAAGAUACUGA